AUGUCCGAGCGCUGGUACGCCUACUACACCGCGUCGUAUCUCGUCCAUUUGACCGACCGUGUCGUCACGGGCCUCACCCGCGGCCACAAGCGUCGCAACGCGUGGGUCUUUACCAACAUUUGCUUUGCCGUUGGCGCCGGCAUCAUCUACCUCCUCGAUGCGCUCGUGCACCGUCUCUCGCCCGAUCUCAAGGACGAGAUCGACGUUGCGGAUCUCUCGCGCCUCGAGCAAAUCGUCGACGGCCACAUGCCUCUUGUGACGCCCCGCAACGAAGCGGACUUUGAUUUACUCGCCAACAAGGACAAGGCGGCCAUGAACCGCACUGGUGUCCUCACGGCCAUUGCGCUUGCGAUACACAACCUUCCGGAAGGUGUCGCCACGUACACGGCGGCGGUCCGCGACCUCAAGGUCGGUGCCACGCUUGCCAUUGGCAUUGCGCUGCACAACCUCCCGGAAGGCAUUGCCGUCGCGACGCCCGUCUACUUUGCCACCGGCAGCCGCUGGAAGGCGUUCUUGUGGGCCUGCGGCUCGUCACUCGCGGAGCCUCUCGGUGCCAUCCUCGCCUUUUUCAUCCUCGGUGACGGCCUCAACCCAACCGUGGAAGGCGUCAUGUUUGGUAUCGUCACGGGCAUGAUGGUGACGCUCUCAAUCAAGGAGCUUAUCCCGUCGGCCGUCAAGUUUUGCCCGGAUGGCCACGCGGUCUCGAUCGCGAUCCUCGGUGGCAUGGGACUCAUGUCGUUGAGUCUCAUCCUCUUUGCGUACGUCGGCGUCUAAGCAUACGCUCAUCUGAUGCGAUGUCCGCUUUUGUUCUCACAAUAUUCUUUUUCCUUUUGCCAGCAGCAGCCAGGAUUUCCCAGUAUAGGCGAGAUCACCGCCGUGACGAAACCCGUAAGCGGCAGGAUCUCUUCUAACCAACUAGGCGAGCCGCAGAUGACAAGUCGUGGUCGCGGCUGAUCCACGUUCGACAGAGAAAGUUCUCGUUGACAUCAAGCGCACGGUGUCGACGCGACCGCAAUCCCAUUUCGUGUCCGUGCUCCCUGCUGACUACCUACUGCACCGCAUUUGCUACAAAGUUGACCUUCAGUCCUAAGAAUAAUGAAUGGACAUGCUCACGCGCA